UUUCGGAAAUGGCUGCGAGGCGACCAGGCACACGGAGGCAAGCUACUGAAGCUAGGACUGCCAAUGAGGACGCUGUGGCUUCCGAGGAGGAAAUUGAAACUAUAGCACCAACGGCAAAGAAACAAUUGGACUCGCUGAAAAGAAAACUAAAAGACAUGGAGGAGGAGAAAGAAUUGGACUCGUUGAAAAGAAAACUAAAAGACAUGGAGGAGGAGAGGGACUCCCUUCUUCAGGAGUUAGAAGAUUACAGGAAGAAAAGUAGAGAGCAACCUCCAGACGAAACGGCACAACCUUAUUCAGAUUCGGGCUCAGACACGUCCUCCUCCUCCUCCUCCUCCUCCUCCUCCUCCUCCACCUCCUCCUCUUCCUCCUCAACCGAUGGGGAGAAGAAGAAGAAAAAGAAGAAGAAGAAGACGAAGAAGAGCAGCAGGCACCAGAGAAAAACAAAGAAGAGCAAGGGGAAGGGGAAGAAAAAAGAAAAAAAGGGCAAGCAUACCCUAAAGAGAGCAACAACACCAGAGGACAUCCUCAGGCGAUAUGAGCGGGUCCUGCACGCCUUCCGGCAGGGCCGCAACCUGCAGGAAUCCUUCAAGACCGUCAAGGUGGAUGGCAACACCAUUCGGUCUGGGGCAGCCAUUGCCGAACUCAAGAAGGUUGCCCCCGACAAAUAUAAAGAAUGUCGGGACAACUUCCCUCUCUCUGGGAAGCUGUCUUCAUUUGCAUCAAUCUGCCAGAAUGCCCUUGAGGCAUCGCGAGAGCUCUCUGAAGCUGUCGCCGAAGGGAAAAAAAAUGGGACUCUGCUUCCGUUGCUAAAACGGAAGUGAGG